AUGGCUCCCGACUCACCUUUGUCUCUUGCCGAGAUUGAGGCCAUUGCCUUGAAGAAGGUCAAUAAGAUCACUCGAGAAUACUGGAUGGAUGGCGCCGGCGAGGGCCAAACGGUUCGAGAAAACGCAUUAGCUUUCAACCAAUACCGGAUCCGCCCCAGGGUCUUGCGCGAUGUCAAGGAGAUCGACAUGUCAACCACAGUGCUGGGCCAAAAAGUCAGCAUCCCAGUAGGGAUCGCACCAUCAGGAUGGCACAAGAUGGCCAACCCAGCGGGCGAAGCUGCAACGGCUCGCGCAGCAAAGACAUUAGGGACGAUAAUGGGCGUGUCAAUGGGCACCAGCCUAGGCGCCCCUGACGAAGUGUGCUCUCCCGAAGAAGUGAAAACAGCCGGCAGUAGCGCUGUCAAGUUCUUCCAGCUCUACAUGUUCAAGAACAGGGGGUUCACCAAAAGACUGCUGGAGCGAGUGGAGAAGGCGGGGUUUGAGGCGGUCAUGCUCACUGUUGACACUGCUGUCGUUGGCAGACGCAUUGCCGAGAUCCGAAAUCGACCCUCCCUACCCCGAUUCUUGAGAGUUAUCAGCUUUGGGACACAGCUUGCUGCUGAUAUGGCCUCUUCCAGUGAAGGGGAUGGUUCCCUAACCAUUGACUCCAGCCUGGUUUGGGACGAAGUCAUCCCGUGGCUCCGGGCUAAUACCAAGAUGCAAAUAUGGCUCAAAGGUGUUCAAACAGCUGAAGAUGCAGCGCUGGCAUUGAACCACAAGGUCGAUGGCAUUAUUGUCAGUAAUCAUGGAGGGCGUCAACUGGACUGGGGCGUAGCUACGUUGGAUGCUCUGCCAGAGAUUGUUGCUACGGUCAAUGGCAGCAUUCCUGUGCACCUGGAUGGCGGCAUCAGACGCGGAGCAGACGUCUUUCGCGCCCUAGCCUUAGGGGCCGACUUCGUGUGGAUGGGCCGGCCAGUGUUAUGGGGGUUGUCUUACGAUGGACAGCGGGGCGUGGAGCUCAUGCUGGAAAUCUUGCGAGAGGAAUUGAAGGUCUGUAUGGGUCUGGCAGGAUGCGUUUCAACUGAGAACAUUAACUCUACGUGUCUUUUCCGUAGGCCAAUCGUGCCAGCCAUGUUGUAG